AUGCGAGAGUGCGCGUUGCCAAGGUUGUCGAGCGAGGCUGUCCCGCUGUCGAGGAUCUCCUCCGGGGCUCCCCCACACAAACGUGUCAAAGUGAUCCACCUCACUCGAGACCCAAGGGGCUCGAUCACUUCCAUGCAGGGCCUCUUCUUGGACUGGAAGCCCUCUCUCAAGUGUGGCCCCCUGUGGGAGGACAUGCAGGUGUACGAUCGCCUAGUCCAGAAGUACCCGGAGAGACUCAUCAACGUCCACCCACGAGGCCAACUGAGCCUGCACCCGACUAAGACAAUGGCGAAGCUGACUCGCUUCCUGACCGGGCGUCCUGACGUCUCUGCUGGGACCCACCGGUACAUCAAGAGGCACAUGAAUUCUACCAGGUACCGGGAAGACCCCCUGAGCACCUUCAACACCAGCAAGAACAAGUACCAGUCCUGGCGGUGGCAGAUCAACGGGCGGCUGCUCUCGCAGAUAGAGAACGAACCCAGUUGCCGAAAGGUCAUCGAAAGAUACGGUCACAAUCUAUUCGGGUCCCUGGACAGGGUCACUGAUCCUAGAAUACCCCUCAGAACAUCUGACGAAGGACCAAGGGAGGAGGUCUUACAGAUGUACUCCCAUUAA